UUUGUUGUUGAUUGUAGGUAAACAUGUGGUUUUUAACGAUAUUAGUUUUGUCGCUUCCGAAGGUGCAGUCUUCUGGUAAUAAUUCUUCGUCAUGUGUGUGUAUGCCUCAACAGUUGUGCUCGGCUUUCCAUCGGAACGGACUAGUGGACAUAAGAUUUGAUCAAGGCACUUGCACGAACCACUAUGAAGUUUGCUGCGAGAAGCCCGAAUCUCUGAAGACAAGAAAAUGCGGUCUGCAGAAGGGCGCAAUGGGAUACAGGAUCACGGGGAGCGGGAACGUUCCGUACUUUGGAGAGCUGCCCUGGUCGACAGUCCUUUUCGAGAAGAAGGACACCGAAAGGAUCGUGUACAAAUGCGGCGGUUCUCUAAUCCAUCAUCGAGCCGUAAUAACGGCGGCGCAUUGUGUUGAUUCCGUAACAGAUGGACAACAGUGGACAAUACGCGUUGGUGAGUGGAACAUGAAGAGCAGGGAUGAGCUGUUGCCGCACCAAGAUAGAUCGGUGAGUGAGAUCGUGAUCCACGAGCAUUAUCGUCGGAGCUCCUUAAGAAACGAUAUAGCUUUGUUAAUCCUCGAUCAUCCCGUCGAGAUCACCGAGAACGUGGGUUUUAUCUGUUUACCGCCACCCGCUGCGCCACCUCUCACCACCAACGAUGUCAGGUGCAUCGCGAGCGGCUGGGGCACCGACGCUUUCCAGAUGGGAAAACAUUCAUCAAUCCUGAAGAAGGUCGAACUGCCGAUAGUGCCGCGCGAUGUGUGUUUGAGAUCUUUACGCAGCACGAGAUUGGGGAAGCUCUAUCAUCUUCACAGGAGUUUCAUAUGCGCGGGUGGCGAACACAACCAGGAUGCGUGCACCGGUGAUGGGGGCAGUCCUCUUGUCUGUCCCAUUCCCGGCCAACCGGGACGUUUCCAGCAAGUCGGAAUCGUUUCGUGGGGCAUCGGAUGCGGUGCAAACAACACACCAGGUGUGUACACUAACGUCGCACUUUAUGGGGAUUGGGUUGAUACACAUUUGGCUUCCAGAAGUUUCGAUACGAGCUUAUACAAGUACCACUAAUAGAUACAACAAAACUUCCUAAUUAUAAACAUUAUAAAUCAUAGUUUCUUUUUAUUUUGUUGCUAAACAAUGA